UGAAUAAUUUCAGAAUAAAUCUGGUAGGCAAAUUUCUCCGAUUUUUUUGUUUUUUUUUUUUCAGCACCAAUUGACAAAAUUUUCGAUUUUAUGUUUGCAACGGAUUUUUUUUUUUUUUUUUUUUAAAUCUACUACAUUAGCUUAAAAAAAAAACUCCACACAUGUCAAGAAGGAAUCCUAAGGGCGCCGCUUUAGAACAAAGCCAUUACGAAUCACCUGAAGUAGUUAAUUGCUUUAACGACAUUAUUGAACCAUUAUUUCAAGAGUUGAAAUCACUACAACGCGAUCUUUCUUUAACAGCUCAGGAUCUUUCUCUUUUGAUUGGACAAUUACAACAAUUUCAACAAGACUGUUUAGGCGCUUUUAAUAGACCUACCAAUGCACCUUUACGAAUUCCAGCAAAAUUAUUAAAAGUGGAAAAAAAUACUGUCUUAACAACGGAUUCUCCCAUCUAUACUAUUUUACUUGGUGCAUAUACUUAUCGACUAAAACAUGGUUGGAAAAAAUGGGAUUUCAGUAAUCCAGCUAAAAAACAAAGAAAUGCUGAUUUGGUUCACUCAGUGAGGGAUUUAUUGAUUAAAUCUAAAUUCAUUGCUGUACCAAGAAUCACUCUUACCGAUUCUAUUGAUGAUUCACAUUAUAAAAUUAUUUUUUCUCUUAUUAAAAAAAUUGGGGGUAAAAAAUAAUAAUAAUAAUUGUAUACAUCUAUUUAUGUUGGAGAUAAAGAUAAAGCUACACAUAUUUUACAUGGUAAACUUCAUAAAUACAAGAAGAAUAGUGUGGAAGAAGAUUGGUUUAGGACAUUAGAAAAGAGAGGAGAUUUGGUAUUA